AUGAGUUUUUUUGUGAUUGAGAAACUUGAUGAAGACUGUAAGGUUUAUCAGAUAAGAGAAAGCUCCAGGCCUGUAGAUGCUAAUAUAACUUCUAGGUUGAGAGUAGGGUCUUUGAACAUUGGGACUUUAACGGGAAAAUCCAUAGAGCUAGUUAAGAUUCUUAAGAGGAGGAUAGUUAAUAUUGCUUGCGUCCAAGAGACUAAAUGGGUAGGACCUAAAGCUAAGGAUGUGGACUGGUAUAAGCUUUGGUUCUCGAGUAAGUCGGGAGACAGGAAUAGGGUAGGCAUCUUGGUUGAUAGUAAGCUAAGGGAUCAGGUGGUAGAGGCUAGAAGGGUCAAUGACAGGAUGAUGACAAUUAAGUUGGUCGUUGGAUGUUUCACCUUGAACAUUAUUAGUGCUUACGCGCCACAAGCGGGCUUGGACGAGGAGGUAAAGAGGCAUUUUUGGGAGGAUUUGGAUGAAGUGGUGGGAGGUAUACCGCCUACUGAGAAGUUAUUCGUAGGAGGAGAUUUCAAUAGACACAUUGGGUCUGUUUCGAGGGGUUAUGAUGAUGUGCAUGGGGGUUUUUGGCUUCGGAGACAGGAACGGAGGAGGAGUCUUACUUCUGGAUUUCGCUAA